UAUUAUUAUAGGGGGAACAGCUGAAAUCUUCAGACGCGUAAAAACAAAACAAAAAAAAAAGGUCUGCAUAUGGGGGCGGGUAAGAGCAAGCCCAAGGAGCCGGGCCAGCGCUCCAUGAGCCUGGACGGCACCAUCGGCACAGGCUCCGACAGCGGCCGCUUCCCCCACCUGGGACCUGCCCAGCAGACUCAAACGCCCAACAGGAGCCCUGCCGUCGGGACAGGCAGGCGUGGGCACCAAGGGCAGCACCAUCUCGCCCCGACAAACACCCCUGAGCUGGCUCUGUUUGGAGGGGUGGACCACACAGGCACCAUCACCUCGCCUCAUAGAGGAGGUGUCACUACAUUUGUGGCGCUGUAUGACUAUGAGUCACGGACAGCAUCUGAUCUGACCUUUAGGAAAGGCGACAGGCUGCAGAUUGUCAACAACACGAAAAAGUACAGCUUCAGAGAAGGGGACUGGUGGCUCGCUCGCUCCCUGACGACAGGAGAGAGUGGUUACAUCCCCAGCAACUAUGUGGCUCCGUCCGACUCCAUCCAAGCAGAAGAGUGGUAUUUUGGGAAGAUCACUCGGCGCGACUCCGAGAGGCUCCUUUUGAACCUACAGAACAGACGGGGGACCUUCUUGGUGAGGGAGAGCGAGACCACUAAAGGGGCAUAUUGCCUGUCAGUGCUGGAUUAUGACAACACCAAAGGCCUGAAUGUUAAACAUUACAAGAUCAGGAAGCUGGACAGCGGAGGUUUCUACAUCACCUCCCGCACCCAGUUCAGCAGCCUACAGCAGCUAGUCUUCCACUACCGCAAGCACUCUGAUGGGCUGUGCCACGCUCUAUCGGACGUGUGUCCUGUGGCCAAACCUCAGACCCAGGGACUGGCCAGGGACGCCUGGGAGAUCCCCCGGGAGUCCCUCCGCCUCGACCUUAAACUGGGACAGGGCUGCUUUGGAGAGGUCUGGAUGGGCACAUGGAACGGUACGACACGGGUAGCCAUCAAGACCCUGAAGCCCGGCACCAUGUCUCCAGAGGCCUUUCUUCAGGAAGCACAGGUCAUGAAGAAGCUCAGGCACGAGAAGCUGGUCCAGCUGUACGCUGUUGUGUCCGAGGAGCCAAUCUACAUUGUGACAGAAUACAUGAGCCAAGGCAGCUUACUGGACUUCCUUAAAGGAGAUGCUGGAAAGAUGCUCCGUCUGCCUCAGCUCGUGGACAUGUCCGCUCAGAUUGCAGCAGGCAUGGCCUACGUGGAGAGGAUGAACUACGUCCACAGAGACCUGCGUGCUGCCAACAUCCUGGUGGGAGACAGCCUGGUGUGUAAAGUAGCUGACUUUGGUCUGGCAAGACUCAUUGAAGACAACGAGUACACUGCGAGACAGGGAGCUAAGUUCCCAAUCAAAUGGACGGCUCCGGAGGCAGCUCUGUACGGUCGUUUCACCAUCAAGUCAGACGUCUGGUCCUUCGGUGUGCUGCUCACAGAGCUGGCCACUAAAGGCAGAGUCCCCUAUCCAGGUAUGGUGAACCGCGAGGUGCUGGACCAGGUGGAGCGCGGCUACAGGAUGCCCUGCCCCGCAGAGUGCCCCAGCUCUUUGCACGAGCUCAUGCUCUCCUGCUGGAGGAAGGACCCAGAAGAGAGGCCUACGUUUGAGUACCUGCAGGGCUUCCUAGAGGACUACUUCACCUCCACAGAACCCCAGUAUCAGCCCGGGGAGAACCUAUAGAACCACACACUGACACCGAAACCCGGGGCCGAGAACCUCAAAAACCCAGAACGACCUGCACUAACCGACCUCAGAGGAGCGCCUGUGAAACUCAUCCGGGAGAAACUUGAGAUUCUUCUGGGGAAGCAAAAAAAAAAAAAAAAAAAAAAAACGAGAUAGAAAACCUGCUGAAGUCCCAUCAUGUGCCAUAAAUAAACUGUAAGAGAAUAACCUGAAGAACCUCCUUUCUGCAAGCACUCACUGUUUACUGAAGGAUUUCCUGCUGAAGUGAGGUUCAAGGCUGUAAAGGAGAACUCCUAGUGGACAGACUCUGGCUCUGAUUUAAAGUGUUUUUGAGAGGUGCGACUGAGGUGGGAGGAACCAAAUCAGGAUCUACAGACGGAGCGAGGGGGAGGAAAAAGAAUAAACCUUUUACCGAAGAGAGAAGGUCAAGGGAGGAUAUUUCGGGCAUCAGCUGUUUAGGGAAAUCCUCCCUCUUUCCCUCUUCUGUCGGGUCUCUUUGCCCUCGCCUGGUAAAACAUUUUUUCCGCCCACAGAAGAGCACUGCCACUGUGGCUCAGGUGCCAAAGGAAAGUCUGUCUCUCUUAGCGUCCUUUUAUCUCCCUGCUGCCUCUCGUCCUCUAUUUCUGUCUGACUUUCAGUAUCUCCCUCCGGUUUUUCUCAAGUGCUGCUUCUUCAAAGUGUCUCCAAAUGACUCAGCUCUGGAACUCUACUUUGCAUCUUUAUUUAUGUUUACUUGGACAAUAUGCGUCCACUGUGGUUUAAGGUUUUUCCGGUGGUGCAAAAAAGUUUUCAUGGGUAAAAUGUACUCGACAGGCAGGUUCUGUAACACUGAAAGUUAGGUCACUUGAGUUCAAAUUUGAGGCCUUUCACUCUUGUUUCAAGCUGUUGUUCUUGACAUGCGCUGAACGGCCAGCUGGAUACAACCUCCACAAUUAAAAAUGAUUUUGAUGCAGGUAUUGUUUGAAUGCUUGUUGUUUUACCUUAAUUUAACUGGAAAUUUGCAUUGACAAUAAUCACUGUUACGCUGGCACUAAAAAGCAGUUUUUAAUAGUUCAUUUCCUCAGAGGCAUAAAUGUGGUAACUUUCAUCAAACAUUUAUGUGACCUACUAAGAAGCUGAUAUGGCAACCAAUACUGUUUAAUAUCCAACUCAGCCCAAGAUGGGAAGGCCCCGAGUGUAAAAGUGUGCCAAACUAAUCACAUUUCUUUACUGCUAUCCAUGUAUAUAAUGUUUUAUCAUCAAGGGGGCUUACUUGGGGGGGUUUAGUUCUUAGACAGGCAAAUGUUAACUUCAAUUUGACAAUACAACUCCCAGUAAACGUCAUGUUGGGGAGUAAACCUGACCAACAUGACGUCAACGGUUUUCAUUCACUUCACAGCUGUUGUGUCCAUGAAAAUAUGCAACCAGGCGGCCCUAAUGAAUCUUAACACUUUGAUCAGGUAACUCUAAUAAAACUGUGUUUAUGACUUUACUAUAAGAGUUGAUUUUAAAAACCAGUUAGCAUGCUUUUGUGCCGUUCUUCUCUUGACCAUUGGCUGGGUUUGUAUUUAUGCUGUACUGUACAUCAACAUGUGUAUGUUUACUUUACUCAAGGUUCAAGUGAGGUGACGGGAUCAUAAACCGACUUCUGAACAUUUGUGCCAUCAACCUAUAAUUAGAUUUUUUUUAAAUCUCUAUAUAUCUUACCCACUGCUGCCCGUUCUCACUGUCAUCCUGUACAUACUGUAGCUCUUAGGGUUGGUUUUGUAUCAUGUAAGCCACUUUCAGAUGGCAGGUAUUUGUUGGGUGUCACACAUUUCACAGUGGUUUAGUUUACGACUUAGUCGAUGCAGCAACAGUAGAUAUAAUGUUAUAGAUUGUUGCCAACAAACAUGAUGAAACCAGUUAUCAAAAUAUGAGCCAUGCAGCAAUAAGAGAUGGUCCGUGCACUCUAAAUUAUUAUGCGCUUUCAGAUUAAGAAUCAUGCGGCUAAUUUAAUCAAAGAUGUGGAUGAUUCGGACAUAAAAAAAGGUGAUUGGGUUGUGAUACGACACGAACAAUGAGGUCAAAGAUGUAAAUAGUAUCUUAAACAAAUGACUGUGACUAUCAUGUAAUUUGUUUUUGUAUAGUUUUUCUUUAAUUGCACCUCCACGUUGAGGUUUUUACAUUGACGCACGCCUGCUCCCAAAAUGUUUUAAUAACAACAUGCUACUGUAAAUGGGGCUUAAGGAAUGUUUUCCUUUGUAUUAUUGGACUUAUUAUUUAUGCAAAAGACAAUUUAAAAUUGGGCUUGACAUUUAUACAUAGAUCUGAGAACAUCUUUUCAGUGCUUUUCUAUUUGAGAUUUGGAAAUCCCCUGUUUUGUUCUGACUCACUGAACCGCCUGUAAGUCACUGGGCCAAUGUGGAAGUUGAUGGGCUCAUGACUAAUGUGAGUAACACCAAUGUCUGAUUGGAUUAUCUGUGCCAUAUUAAAGAAGUGUCUGUCUUUUUUUAAUGUUUUUCUUUGUUUUAGUUUUUAUGAAUCUAUGCAGUUUCGGUCUGGCAUUCCUGCAACAUGGUUAUUUUGUUCUAAAGUCAAAAACAAUGAUCAUAAAUAAGAAGGUGUGAGCAUUUUGUAAGGACUUUUUUUUGUCUUUUUUUUUGUUUCUGAUGUAACAGGAUUGAAUAAUGGGUA